AUGACCGACCAAACCCCAAUAAAGAAGAAAAACAUAACAAUCUACCUAACCGGCUUCGGACCCUUCAGGACCCACACCCACAAUUCCUCCUGGGCGAUAAUCUCCAGUUUCCAGCCACGCACAACCAUCGCGACAGAAACGCACACAAUAACACUACUGCCGCAUCCGCACUGGUUGAAAGUCGCCUACUCCACCGUGACCUCCGAGGUCCCGCGCUUGCACACGGCCACAGACGUCGCCUUCGACUACAUCCUCCACGUGGGCCUGGGCAAGGCGGGCGAGUACCGCCUUGAGAGGCGCGCGUUCGAGGAAGGGUACGUGUUCGGCGACGUGGACGGCAAGGUGCCCGGCGGGGCAGAUGCGGCGCCCGACAAGGGGAUCAUGCAGAGCGAGAGUGCGGAGGGGCGGGAACCAGGCGGGCAGGAGUUUGGCUGCGCGCUGGAUGUGCGGUGGAUUGUGGAGGAAGGGGUUGAGAGGUUUCAGCCCGAGGAGACGCCCGACGAGGAAUUACCCAUCAAGGUUUCCGAUGAUGCAGGUAGGUUUCUGUGCGAAUUUACCUAUUACACUAGCCUUAAGGCGGCUUGCGAGAAGGAGGGGAACGGCAAGUUGAAGAGCGAGAAGGUGCUGUUUAUGCAUGUUCCGCCCUUGACCAAGCCGUUUGGGAUCGAGACUGGGAGGAGGGUUUUGAUUGAGGUUGCCAAGGCGAUGGUCAAAGCUGGGGAGGAGAGAAAAGUUAUUAGCUAGGGAAGCGCCUUUUGAGGUGGGCCGGGUGGAAAUGAUCUGUGUCGGCAGCCUCGGCCAUCGGUUAUGCCUUAACGAGUGAUCGGCAGCGAUCGCUUAGUUAGAGUUCACCGAGACCUAGGCACCUUUCAAUCUUAUCUAUCAAGA